CGCCGGCCCCCUCACCGGCCGCCCGGGCACACCCAGCCGGCAGGGGUGAGAGGGAUGCAGCUGGGGCCCCGCUCCGGUGCCGCACCCCGUAAAGGGCUGACCUGCCACCUCGCCAGCUCCCCGCGGGCAGCCAGGACCAGACCAGCGUAGACCUCCUCUGGUGCUUGUAAAACGGAACACAACAAAAGUAUGGAUAUGGGCAACCAACAUCCUUCUAUUAGUAGGCUUCAGGAAAUCCAAAAGGAAGUAAAAAGUAUAGAACAGCAAGUAAUUGGCUUCAGUGGUCUGUCAGAUGACAAGAAUUACAAGAAACUGGAGAGGAUUCUAACAAAACAACUCUUUGAAAUAGACUCUGUGGAUACUGAAGGAAAAGGAGAUAUUCAGCAAGCGAGGAAGAGGGCAGCCCAGGAGACGGAGCGUCUUCUCAAAGAGCUGGAGCAGAAUGCAAACCACCCACACCGGAUCGAAAUACAGAACAUCUUUAAAGAAGCCCAGGCCCUGGUGAAAGAGAAGAUUGUGCCGUUUUAUAGUGGGGGCAACUGUGUAACUGACGAAUUUGAAGAAGGCAUCCAGGAUAUCAUUCUGAGGCUGACACAUGUCAAAACCGGGGGGAAGAUUUCUCUGCGGAAAGCACGGUACCACACCUUAACCAAAAUCUGUGCGGUGCAGGAGAUCAUCGAAGACUGUGUGAAAAAGCAGCCUUCUCUGCCACUUUCCGAGGACGCGCACCCUUCAGUGGCCAAGAUCAACUCGGUGAUGUGUGAGGUGAACAAGGCCAGAGGCACUCUGAUCGCACUUCUGAUGGGGGUGAACAAUAAUGAGACUUGCAGGCACUUAUCUUGUGUGCUGUCGGGGCUGAUUGCAGAUCUGGAUGCUCUAGACGUGUGCGGGCGAACGGAAAUCAGAAAUUAUCGGCGCGAGGUAGUGGAAGAUAUCAACCAAUUACUGAAAUAUUUGGAUUUGGAAGAGGAAGCAGAUACUACACAUGCAUUUGACCUGGGACAGAAUCAUUCCAUUUUAAAAAUAGAAAAGGUCCUCAAGAGAAUGAGAGAAAUAAAAAAUGAACUUCUGCAAGCACAAAAUCCUGCUGAAUUGUACCUGAGCUCCAAAACAGAAUUGCAGGGUUUGAUUGGACAGUUGGAUGAGGUCAGUCUUGAGAAGAACCCUUGCAUCCGGGAAGCUCGGAGAAGAGCGGUGAUUGAGGUACAAACCCUUAUAACUUACAUUGACUUGAAGGAGGCCCUGGAGAAGAGGAAGUCGUUUGCUAGUGAGGAGCACCCGUCACAUAAAGCAGUCUGGAACAUCCUUGGAAACUUGUCCGAGAUCCAGGGGGAAGUUCUUUCAUUUGAUGGGAACCGAACUGAUAAGAACUACAUCCGGCUGGAAGAGCUGCUCACCAAGCAGCUGCUGGCCCUGGAUGCCGUGGACCCGCAAGGGGAAGAGAAGUGCAAGGCUGCCAGGAAACAGGCAGUGAAGCUCGCCCAGAACAUCCUCAGCUAUCUCGACUUGAAAUCCGACGAAUGGGAGUACUAAAUAGUACCGAUCUCACGGUUGAUAUUUCUUGUUUUGCACUUUAUAUAUACUUCUAUGUAUUUAUAGAGAGCUUUCAGUUCAUUGAGCCUAAAUGUGAUUUAUACAUGCAGAUUUCAAUCUCCGUUUUUAUGAUUUAAGCAAAUUAUAUACAGUAUCUCUGCUGCUUUUGAUGUUGCAAAACAAAUGUCAUUACAGCACGUUAACUUUUCCAUUUGGAUCAUUAUCUGUAUGUUGUGGUGUGGUUUUUUGGUCCUUUUUUUUUUUUUUUUCCAAUCAGAAAGUGGAACGGGCAUCUUUUGUCAUUUUUAAAUGGGUUGUGCCAGCAUUGAAAUGUGGAUCUUUCAGGAUCUAGACACACACACAACCUGACAGAGCACUAGAACAAUUAUGAGAAGAGGGGAAAUUUUGGUUAGGUAGAAGUAAGGUCCAAACACAAAAGCAAUACAAUGAUAUGAUUUAUUAUGCUAAAUAAAGCAGAAGGGUUUUUGUUUGUUUGUUUUUUUCUUCAUUUUUAAGGCCCGAUUGGUCCAACCCAAGUUAAUCGGGUGGGGGUUUUUUUGUUUUCGGAUUUUCUGUUUUUUCAUAAAGAUUUUUUGUUUGGAAAAUGGUGUCUGUAUUUUCCCCCUACACUCUGCAUUUAGAGGGGAAAAUCUUAUUUUCAUGUGCAACGUAAGAAAAUUAUGAAAAUUAAUAGCAAAAAAACCUUUGAGACUGCAUUGAAGAAAGAUGAAAACACCAGCUAAUUACCUUCCAAGUUUUUGUUUGUAAACUCAGUUUACAAUUUUCUGUAGUCAUCAGUAAGGAUGGGAACAUUUUAGUGAAGUUAGGAGACCUUUUAAGAAAAAAAAGAAAAAAAAAAAGAAGAAAAAAGAAACAGCCAUACCUCUGGCAAGAUAAAACUGGAGAUUAGUUACCGCUAUCAGGUUGUCCUGAGCGAAUGCGUCUGAAUGUAGGAGGCAACAGGCUGCCUCUCUUGUUCAAGGGUCUUUUAAACACAGCAAGUGCUGUUUGGUAGUGGCCAAGAGCAGAAACCGCCAGUAGCUCUGCGGGACCAGAGCGUCGUGGCUUACCCGGGGAGGUCGGCUGCUCCUAGCAUCUGAAAACCUCGCACUCUGGGACUGAGCUCACUUCAUUGGCACUCGGAUGUUUCUCUAGCACCUGAAAGAGUCAGGAAGGUCUGUCCCUGCAGGAAGUGUUUUUUCACUUGCUAAAGGGUACAUCUAUUUCUGUAAAUGCUUUCUGAGGGUCCAAGUUUUAUGGCUGCCAGUUUAUGGGAACAGAAUUUCCCAAAGUUCCAAAGUGCCUUGAUAACACAUUGGUCCCAGUAUGAUAACGAACAGAUGACACUUUCUGUUGUCACCUUUCACAAAAUAAUCCUAUUAGAGUAUGUCUUUCGGACUCCGCAGCAGUCUGUAAUUUCCUUUCAAAGAUCGUGAUUUGGUAACUGUAGGCAGCUAGAAAUAGCCCCAUGUACCAGAGAGAUGAUAAAAGCGUGGCUCUAAAGAGAUUUUCACUUUGUCUCAGCUUUGCCCAAUAAUUAAAAGCCCUUGAUGUGUCUUUCCUACUAGCAAUGUUCUAGUACGAUUCAGUGGGUAGUGAAGUCCAAGGGCAUUUGUGUCUCUGGGCCUCGACCCUUUCCCAUGUGCACAUCCAGCCCUUGGCAACUGGAGAUUCUUAGUGCAGGUCACUGGCAGCUCAUUUUGGGCUAAGUAUCCUCAUCUUUGGGUGCUCUUAAAAUCCUGGAGUUUCUAUAUUCAAGUGCUGCCUCAGUUUACCCCACUGGGAAGGCAAGGCUUUCCUCCCAAGCUCGUCAGGCAUGUCCUGCCCCAGGCUCUACUUCAUUUUCAAUGUCAGAUUUAAAAGUUAAAUGUCAGCAUUUCCUUUAAAAGUAUCCAUUGUUUUUCCAAAAGGGACCUUCCCAUAUGGUUCAUUUUCAAACAAGGCGUUCUGCAAUCCUAGAGAAGGCUCGUGCAGCUGAGCUCGGCCCGGAGCCUGGCCCGUGAGCGGAGGGAGCUCACAAGCCAUCGCAGACUUCUCCUGUGGGUUAUUUUGGUCAUGGAGAUGAUCAGAUCAUCCUCGAGUGAUCUGAGGCAUGACGUUUCCUGUCCAACCUGUUGUAGUUCCUUGCACCGGGUGACUCUCCCAUAAGGAACCCUAGUGACACCGGGUUUAGCUUUUCUCGUCCCUCGUUGGGAGCUGUGUUAAUAGGGGCUGCCUGCCGCUUGUAACUAAGUUGAGCUCAUGACAUUGUAUUGUAUUUUUAUGAUCUUACGUAAAGAGAACCUGUAAUGGAAAUAAAACCUACCCCCAAAAAAAUGUCUGGCCUUGGGUCUGCAUUAAACGGUGUAAUCCAUGUUCAUGCAAAAACUGGCUGGGAAUGUUUGCUUUCUUUACCUCACAUGCAGACAGCUUUGCUUUCAGGUCAGUCUUUACCCAAAUUAGACUAAAGUCCAUCGCCCUAUAGAGAAGCAGUUAUGAAAAUAAAUGUAAUGAAUAAGUCUACUAAGUACAGUGGAAUGCUUUAUUUUGCUACGAUGCCUUGGUGUAGUGUAUCUGAUACAGGUCAGCACUGCGAGACGCUUAACCAGUGUUUCUCAUUUGUUUUUGCCAAUUUUUAUCUGUUUUUUGAGGGUCAAAGCUUAUCUUGUACAUAUAGGUUGUUUUUAAGCAAAGCUUUUCAGCUUUUAACGCGUCUAGUAUUUUUCUAAGAGUAACUAGAGAAGUGUUUGCCAUUGAUUUUGAUGUACAAUACAGAUGUGUUACUCCAGCGUGUUGGCUCCUGUCCCCCCUCCAUUCAUUGUAUGACUAUUGUAAUUGUAUGUCUGAAGUAAUUCAGUAUUUUGAGAUAUUAGUAUACCCUUAAUUAUUAAUGCAAUAAAAAUCUCUUAGCUUAUCUUUGCGGUGAGAAAGGA